CCGUCGGUGUCGGUGUGCUUGCAGCCUCUGAUGACGACAUGGAAGACGGCGUGCGGGACGGCCGGCGCCGUGACGGUGGUGGUGCCGGCGGGGAUCUACCACAUCGGCCCGGUGCAGUUCCACGGCCCCUGCAAGGCAUCCACCAUCACCUUCCAGCUGCAGGCAAGGCGUCGGUCAGAGAUCAUCCAUCAGCUGCCUGCUGCCAGUCUUUACAACUUGGUCCGUCUGACAUGGGAUCGUCAGUGCAGGGCACGCUCAAGGCCGCGACGGACCUGAAGCAGUUCGGCAACGACUGGAUCGAGUUCGGGUGGGUGAACGGGCUCACCGUCGCCGGCGGCACCAUCGACGGCCAGGGCGCCGCGUCCUGGCCCUUCAACAAGUGCCCCGUCCGCAAGGACUGCAAAGUCCUGCCCACAAGCGUGCUGUUCGUCAACAACCAGAACACGGUUGUGAAGGACCUGACGUCGGUGAACCCCAAGUUCUUCCACAUCGCGCUGCUGUCCUGCAAGAGCAUCAAAAUGUCGGGGCUCAAGAUCAGCGCGCCGUCCAACAGCCCCAACACCGACGGCAUCCACAUCGAGCGCAGCGCCGGCGUGUACAUCAUGGACACGCACAUCGCCACCGGCGACGACUGCAUCUCCGUCGGCCAGGGCAACGACAACGUCGACGUGGCCCGCGUGCAGUGCGGCCCGGGCCACGGCAUGAGCGUCGGAAGCCUGGGGCGCUACGCCGGCGAGGGCGACGUCACGCGGGUGCACAUCCGGGACAUGACCUUCACGGGCACCACGAACGGCGUCCGCAUCAAGACGUGGGAGAACUCGCCGACCAAGAGCAACGCCGCGCACAUGGUCUUCGAGAACCUCAUCAUGAACGACGUCCAGAGCCCCAUCAUCAUCGACCAGAAGUACUGCCCCUACUACAACUGCGAGCACAAGUACGUGUCCGGGGUGACCAUCAAGGACAUCCAGUUCAAGAACAUCAAGGGCACGGCGACGACGCCGGUGGCCGUGCUGCUCAGGUGCGGCGUGCCGUGCCAGGGCCUGGUGCUGCAGGACGUGAACCUCAGGUACAAGGGGCAGGGCACCGUGUCGGCCAAGUGCGAGAACGCCAAGGCCAAGUACGUCGGCGUGCAGCUACCCAAGCCCUGCCCUUAG